AUGGACUACUCCUACCUCAAUUCGUACGACUCGUGCGUGGCGGCCAUGGAGGCGUCCGCCUACGGCGACUUCGGCGCCUGCAGCCAGCCCGGUGGCUUCCAGUACAGCCCCUUGAGGCCUGCCUUCCCCGCCGCGGGGCCGCCGUGUCCCGCGCUCGGCUCCUCCAACUGCGCGCUCGGCGCCCUACGCGACCACCAGCCCGCGCCCUACUCCGCAGUGCCCUACAAGUUCUUUCCGGAGCCGUCGGGCCUGCACGAGAAGCGCAAGCAGCGGCGCAUCCGCACCACGUUCACGAGCGCGCAGCUCAAGGAGCUGGAGCGCGUCUUCGCUGAGACCCAUUACCCGGACAUUUACACGCGCGAGGAACUGGCGCUCAAGAUCGACCUCACCGAGGCUCGUGUGCAGGUCUGGUUCCAGAACCGCCGGGCCAAGUUCCGCAAACAGGAGCGCGCGGCCAGCGCCAAGGGCGCGGCGGGCGCCAAAAAGGGCGAGGCGCGCUGCUCGUCCGAGGACGACGACUCCAAGGAGUCCACGUGCAGCCCCACGCCCGACAGCACCGCGUCGCUGCCGCCGCCGCCCGCGCCCAGCCUGGCCAGCCCGCGGCUGAGCCCCAGCCCGCUGCCCGCCGCGCUCGGCUCCGGGCCCGGGCCGGGGCCCCAGCCGCUCAAAGGCGCUUUGUGGGCCGGUGUGGCGGGCGGCGGGGGCGGCGGGCCCGGCGCGGGAGCAGCCGAGUUACUUAAGGCCUGGCAGCCGGCGGAGCCCGGGCCCGGGCCCUUCUCCGGAGUUCUGUCCUCCUUCCACCGGAAACCCGGCCCCGCGCUGAAGACCAAUCUCUUCUAG